AUACAUUGUACUCGGACCAAAGAAGUUUGCUAUCGGAAUUCGAAUAAUUUAAAGUGUGCGAGAAUCUACUAUUUUGUUUGGAAUACAAAAAGUGUUAAAAAGCAAAAAAAUAAAUAAAUAAAUAAAAAAUGUUAAUGCUAAAAGCAUUUAUACAUACAUAUAUAUAUGUCGUUCAUAUCAAAUGAAAUUAAUUGAAUACAUAGAAUUCAUUAUAAAGUGCUUAGUGUAAUGAUUUUAUAAUCGUAAAAUGUGCCAAUAAGUUCCUUAUUAAAUGAUACGCCUAUACAAAAAUUAAGAACGAAUAAAAGUUGUAACUGAUUUGGAAUACAGCAUCCAAAUAUAAAGUACAUCAACCCGUAUUAAACAUAUGGAUAUUUAGCUUACACAUCAAUGGAUAUUUAAACUAACAGCAAUUUAACUACUUGGAGGAUAAAACUUAAUGAAAAUAGUUAAAAAAAAAUCGUAGUUCAUAUAAAAAUCAUAUAAAAUUUGUUCCUCUUUCGAUGAUUUUAAAAGUUUCCGCAGUCCUUUCCCAACAUUGCGAUAUUUUUUAUCGUGAAAAGGUUCAAAUGUACAUAAAUAUAUAGAUAGAUAGAUAACAAAAGGACACAUACAAGCAAGUGAUUCUAAAACUUCAUUAUAUAAUAUACAUAUUUCUGGUCAAAUAAAUAUAAAAAUUAAAUGUAACUUGACAAUGUACUCGAACAUAAAUUCAAAAUCGUGCAUAUGCAUCUAUAACGUAACCAUUGAAUGUUAAUAAAUGAAUUCAAUAUGUGUUUGCGUGAACCGUAUAACUUAAAUAAAAUACUAAAUAACAUCUUGAGAACUACAAUGGUGAUUGCAAUCAGUUUAUCAAAUUUUAACAGCGGUUUAAUGGCGGAUAACAUGGAUCGGAAUGAAGAGUUCUUUAAGAGCACAAAGUCACAUAUAUUUACGUCCUCUAAAUCAUUUGGUAGUAUUGCUAGCUCAUCUUUGAAACCGACAUCGUUGACUCUCCAACCUCAAAGUCAUUAUCAUUCUAAAGGUAAUGGUGUAAGGACAAUUGCUUCGCCAUUAUACAUCGAACACACAAAAGAAAGAAGUGAAAAUGAAUUGAAUGCCGCCUUUACAUCGAAUACCAAUGACCAGUUUGCGAAUCGCUUGUCUAAUAGUCAUGUAGCUCAUAAAGUCAUUGAUUUAGUUAACACCAAUAUUGAAAACAACUUUUACAUCAAUAAUUCAAGUGAAACUCUAAAUAAAUCAGUAUUUAAUACGCCAAUGUAUUUUGGAACAGAAAAUUCAACUGUUAUUGCGACGCAAAUAGGUGCAACCGCACAUAUUCCAUGUGUUGUUCAUCAUAUAGGUGAAUGCGUGGUUUCAUGGAUCAGAAAAAAGGACUAUCACUUAUUAACUGUUGGAUUGACCACAUAUAGCAGUGAUGAGAGAUUUAGCGCAACACAUCUUAAACAUUCAGAGGAUUGGACAUUGCAAAUAAAAUUCGUGCAGCAGCGUGAUGCAGGAAUAUAUGAGUGCCAAGUAUCUACUCAUCCCCCCACAUCAAUUUUUUUACAUUUAUUAGUAGUAGAAGCUCGAGCAGAAAUAUCAGGCCCACACAUUCGCUAUCUUACCCCUGGAUCAACUUUAAGACUGCAAUGUCAUGUCGUACAAAAUACUGAAAUUUCAGAAUACAUAUUUUGGUAUCACGAUAAUCGAAUGAUAAAUUAUGAUGCUGAUCGAGGAAUAAAUGUUUCCACAGAUCCAGAUUUUCAGUCAUCAGAACUAACCAUUUCAAGGACAAGGCGUGAACAUUCAGGAAACUACACGUGUGUUGCCAGUAAUACCCAGCCUGCAAGUGUGUUGGUACACAUAUUUAAAGGCGAUAAUCCGGCAGCAAUGUAUCAUGGAGAUGUAGGAUCAUCGACGAAAUCAUAUCAGACACAUCUGCUUCAUAUUAUAAUGACAAUUAUAGCAAUGAUAUAUCCUGCAUAUGUAAAAAGAAAAAUUAUAUAAUUAUUAAUUGUUCCUUUAGAUUCUAAGUAAUAAAAAUAAUAAUAUAAAUCAUUGAAAUACCUAAAUAACGCUGUA